CUGUAGUAAAUUCUCGCCAUACGUAAUUUCAUUUGAAUUUUAAGUGAUGGGUCAAGUGAAUUCAUUUAAGUGACCGGUCAAGUGAAUUACACUAUGACGUUCGAGUGAAAUUUAUCUGAAUUUCUAAGUAAGUUUCUAGUUAAUUAUCUCUCGCGUUUUUAAAUAAAAGAACAUUUAUAGAACACCACUUUGAUUUCAAAUACUUACAUUACGCUUUCGCCAUAAAUUUAUUGAUUGGAAAAUUCCAUCGUAAUCCCAAGGCAGAUCGGUUACUGCGGAUAGUGCCACUUCUAAAUCUUCCCUGCUGCAAACCAGAAAAAUCUGUCCAGAUCAAUCCACAAGCUGAAACAUGAUAACGCCUUUAAAUAACUUUUUCUUAAAUCACGUUUAACACAAACUACCGCCAAAAUCGCCUAGUAAAAAAUCGGAAAAAUCCAAAUCCAGAAUAAGCUUUAAACGCUGCUCUUUAGAAUUUGCCAUUUUGAACUCUGAAAAUAAACACAAAUACAACCCGACAUUCACUUGAAAUUCAAGUGAUGGGGAAGUGAAUAUUUUUUCUCACUUCAAAUUCAAGUGACGACUGAAGUGAAUGUGGAUGAAUUCACUUGAAAUUUAAGUGACUGCCGAGUGAAAUGUAUAUGUCGCACUUGAAUGGAAGAAAAUCACUGGAUCCUUGUUUUUAAGUGAAAAAUCAUGUGUAUUUUAAGAGUGAAUUUGGGUUCAGUGUAUAAGCAGUUCAAGUAGAAAGAAGAAGAAGAAGAAAGUUCAUAAAUCUGCAAAGUGCUUUAAUGCAAAAUCAUUUAUGUAAAUUAGCUGUUUAUUCUCUAUUCUAGUAAAAACUAUUAGUAACAAGGCACCUGAACGACCAUGCGUUACUGCUGUGUUCCGGAUUGCUCGACAGAACUGCUUCUUAACGAUUGGGCGGCUCACUUUCCUCGGGAUGAGGAACUGCGGAGCCUUUGGGAGAGUGCAAUCCAAAUUGGAACCGGGCAACUGGUAGCGGCCAAUGAUAAUCUUGUGGUAUGUCAGAAACAUUUCCAACGACGACGGUCAUCGAACGAAGCCUUCGGGGAACCCGUUCUGUUUGAGAGGAAUGGCCUUCUGCUCGAAGUGGUGCGUUGCCGUUUAUGCUGUCAAGCAGACGUAGCCGGAUGCAUGUUCGAUGGACAAAGUCAGCUGUCAUCUCAAUGGACGGUUCGAGAAUUGGCUGAACAGUUGUUUAAAUUGUCCACUGAUUUACAUUCCAAGAACUAUUUCUGUGAACGAUGUACAGUUCAAAUCGAUAUAACUUAUGCUUUCCAGAAGCUUAUCGAAGAAGCUAACUGGAGGCAAAUGACAUUGAACACCAAACUUCAAGAUUACGGAAUCCAAUCGGCUGGGAUUAUUCAAGGGGAAAUCAAAAUUGAACCAGUUUGUCUGGUUGAGGCUGAUUCAUUUGGUUGUGACCGAAAUGAGUCUCAAAUUCCUCCUUCUGUUGAUGAUUUUGAGCAUGUAGAGCUGAAACCAACUAUAGUGUCAGAAUGCAGUAACAAUCUUUCUUCCAAUCCAGAAAGUCGGAAGCGGGAAGAAGAAGAAGAAGAUUCUGAACCAUUUGAUUCCGAUGACAAUGAUCCAGAUUACGAGGCAGAAGCUCAAAGUGAUUCAAGCAAUUCGAAAAAAUCGAGGAGAAAACGAAAAAGAAUCCCUCAGGAAAACAAAAGUCCUGCAGGCGUGAAAGUUUUCAAGGGACAGCGCUACACAGUGUGCAACUUAUGUGACAGUCUUUUCAGACAUAUAAAAGACGUCAUAGAACAUUUCAGCACAGUCCAUCCGGGAGUGGAGUAUCGCAACUUCAAGUGUGAUAUGUGUGACAAAGUUUACUUCACUGCCAAACAACUUCGAGAUCAUAAACGAAUUCACGAUGGCAAGUUCAAAUGCGAUGAAUGUGGCCAGCUACAUUGCCAUCAAGCGGAUUUGGAUCGGCAUGUUCAUACUGCUCACGGUAAGGCACCGAAAGAAUAUCUCUACGUUAACUGCGAAGUGUGUCAGAAACGGUUGCUGAAAAAAAGCUACGACAGUCACCUCUUCUUGCAUACCGGAGAGCGUCCAUAUGAGUGUGAAAUUUGUGGCAAAACAUUUGUAGCCAAAAGCUCGGUAGGUAAGCAUCAAAAGAAGGCUCAUUGGGGCAAAAAUAACGAACUUAAAACCUUUCAAUGCAAAUUGUGCGAUACAAACUGCACCGCUGCCUCUGAACUUGAGCAGCAUGUUCGCCAGAGCCAUUCGGACAAGAUAUUUGCCUGUCAACCGUGUGACAAGGUAUUUCUAUCAAAUCAAGCGCUGAAAAAGCACAUUAAAACGCACGAUACGAUUUGUGCUGAAUGCGGUGAAAAGCACGAGUCACUGCACAAACUUAACACCCAUCGACGGGAUCAUCACGGGGUGCCGUUGGACAAGGACCAGUACCUGUGGUGCGAAAUAUGCAACAAGGAGUUCUUCACGGUGAACACCAUGAAGUACUAUCAGCAGCAUAUGGAAUACCACAACACCGGCAAUCGAGUCACGUGUGACUUGUGUCCCAAGUCGUUCAAAACGUUAGCGUCUUUGGAAACCCACAAACGAUAUACAAACCACCGUACCCGAAAACGUGAAAUGCGUUGCUGUGUGCCGAAUUGUUUUCUUAAAUCUAAGAAGCACGAGUUCAUAGAUUUACCCACGGGCAAGGAGCUGCGGGAACGAUGGUUGAAUGCCGUUGGCGUUGGGACAGGUUAUGCGCUGACAGCCGAAAACCUUCCAAGCUCCACGAUCUGCAUAUGGCAUUUCAUGAACAGUUCGCAGAAGCUGGGCAGCGAUAGGUCCGUCAUCUUCCUAGAACCACUACGAUUCAUGCGAGAUUCUAGGGUCGUUGAAAUACAAACGUGCCAAUUGUGCUACCAAUUUGAAUGCAAAGAGGAAAUGUUUCCAGCAGCGUUGUGUGCAUUGUCGGAGAACGUGACAGAAAAGCUUUUCAACUGGAGUCCUGCCACUGCCCUCGGUGAAUAUUUGUGUAGCGAGUGCACCAUCAAACUGGAUAUCACGCAAAAUUUUCUAAAGCGUGUCUUAAAGAGUCGAAGGGAACAUGAAUUUGAUAUGCAAAAAAUUUGUAAGAGUUUCAAAAACAAACGUAAAAGUGGAAAAGUUAAAGUUUUACGAACAGAAGUUGAGCCAUUGGCAUCACUUGGGAAACGAAAAGUGUCUCGGUUAGAAGAAACAAACAAAACAAAAGAUGAAAUUCCCGGAAGUGCGCCUAAUUGCGUUAAGAUAUCUGCAGAGGAAGUUAAUACGAGUAAAGAUGCGAUCGAAAAUCAUGUAGGAACUGAAUCAAUGGAAGAUACCAAAGAUUUGGUAUUGGAAGAUAUUCAAAUUGAGUCCACUUCGCUUAACUGGUUGAAAACUGAAAAUGUAUCUGACUGUGAAGACGUUCGACGUUUGAUAGAUGAAACUCCAAGUAAUAAAACCAAUACACAUGUGCUCAAGAAAUCUAAAACUUCUCGAAAGGCUGAAGCCGAUUCGGCCGAGAAUUUAGACAAUGACACAAUAUGUUACCUCUGCCAGAAGGAUUUCCUGGAACCGAAGAAAUUGACCAAACAUUUUGUAUUCGACCAUGCCUAUCACGAGUCAAGCAUGAUCCAGUGUUGCGUUCCUUACUGUGGCGCGACCAAGCUCAAAUCGAAUGAAGUAUGUGCCUUUCCUGCGGAUCCGGUGUUGCGAAAACGUUGGAAGACGGCCAUCGAAGUGGGAACGGAGAUGUGGAUGCGCGAUGAACAACUUCUGGAGGAUGCCCUCGUUUGCCGGAAACAUUUUGAAGGAGCUCAAUAUUCCGGAUCGGACUUUCGAGAACCCACGCUGUUUUAUAGGGAAAAUGUUCUAUUGCGCAUAGCAACCUGUACCUUGUGCUUACGGUUCGAAUCAAUCGAUUCCUGUUUCAAAGCUAAUAAUCCGAUGUCUUUCGGGGAAACUCUUGUCGAGCUAGCUCAUCGGUAUUUUGCAAUAUCCCCGGUGGAAGAUAUCGAUCGGCCAACUGAUCCUGUCAUUUGUACUCAAUGUACGGUUCAAAUUGACAUGACACACAGGUUUGUAGAACAAAUUAAUGAUUGUCGCAAAAUCCAACAAGCAAUUGAACAUAAAGUUGAAAGCCAUAAGUCUGAUGAUUUACGUGUUCACACUAAAAGAAAGCGAUCGACUUCUUCCGAGCAAAAUGAUUUCGCCAAACCAUUCGUUAAAAACGAACCCCUGGAAGAUGAAGAGGCCAGUAAUUCUUCAGAUUCGGUGGAGCCCGAUCAGAGUAGUACUGCUACAAUUAAACCCAUUGCCAGACGCAAGUUAUACCACCUGAGUAAAUGUUUUCUGUGUAACAAGGACAUGGCCAACAGAGAGAAUUUGGUCAAACAUUUGACGUACGAGCACAAGUUCGAGAAAAGCUACGAAUGUCUGGAUUGUCAGAUGAAAUUCUCUACAUUGAGGAAAUAUAAUAUUCACCUUGGCCUGCACCAACCGGAAGGGAGACCCUUCAAAUGUGAACACUGUGCAAUUAGAUUCCAGCUACUGUCCCACAGAUUGCAUCAUGAGACUAAUCGCCAUGGUAUUGAUCAUGGACUAAACAAACAUGAUCACUCUAAACGCCGUCAUAGCUGUGGAUCGUGCCAUAGAAAGUUCUUCAAAUCGGAAGAGCUGGAACAGCAUAAGUUGAACGAACAUGGACAGGCGCUGGUGCAAUGCAACGUUUGCGGCAAACAAUUUGCUGCUAGGCACCUUCUCGAACAACAUGUUCGAAUACAUUUGCAUCCGCACAAGUGCAAGUUUUGCAAGUGCCCAUGUCGAACCGAACAAGAUUUGCUCGAACACUUGAAAGAAGCGCAUUACGAGGAAUCGAAAAAGCUUAUCGCUACGUGUCGAUACUGUAAUCAGCAAUUCAGCAACCGCAAGCUGAUCACUAAACAUUUGCAAGCGCAACCGUCUUGUAACCCACGUAUUCCCCCGGUGGCUAGCUGGAAAAGGAAAGGCACUGCGCAGUAUCCUACGUGCAAUCUGUGCCCAAUUUCAUUCGACAAUCUCACCGAUCUACAUAAGCAUUUCAUGGACAUCCAUCCGUCGACGCAAUUCGAAACCUUGCCCUGCGGCACCUGUCAUAAGGUGUACUUCACACGAGUUCAACUCAAUUUUCAUCAACGAAUUCACGCGGACAUGUUCGGAUGUCAGGAGUGUGGCAAAACGCACUACCGCAAAACGGCCCUGGAAUCGCAUAUGAAAAUUGUACACGGCCAUGGGGACGCUAACGAGCGGCUCGUCGAAUGCACCCUGUGCCAACGGAAGCUGAGGCCGCAGAAUCUGCAAGCUCACAUGCGAAAGCACUCCCAGGAGAAACCUUUCCAAUGUGAUCACUGUGAGAUGAAAUUUGUUUCCCGUUCGUUUUGUAUUCGACAUGUGAAACGUGUGCAUCCGGAGGAAGGCCAAACCGAUGUGGCCGGGGAUAAAACUGAAAUUAAGAUUGAACCUGAUGAUGUUAUGGAGCAAACAGAAUCUCAAAGCCCUGAUGUUACAAGAGUUAAGCCGGAAAUUCGAUUGAAGGUUGAAUGUCAGGACUAGUGGAAAAAGGGUAAGUCAAGUCAAGUUCAUUUUUCAAUCGAAAUGCCAUAUGUACCAUAUGCCAUCAAUCGUUUCAAAUUAACACGAAGAAUA